UGUGUUAUGUAACGGAUCCAGAGUUUCUCGUCCUCUUGGUGAAGUUUGGACUGACAUGAGCGGAUCAUUCAGCCGUGCGUCUGCAUUUCCACGAAUAAAAAAUUCGGGUCGAUUACUUUAAUUUAUUUUUUUUUGGCCAAAUAUUAAAAGUUAAUUUAGACUCCUGUCGCCAGAUGUCAGUUUUAUUGGGUGAUGUUUAACCCUGAAAGUUUUCGGCCAGAAGAAGAAAAGUAGGAGUUUGCGUUUUACCAAAUCAGACGCGCGGUGAUGGGGAGCGGCGCAAGCAGGGGGAAGAAAGUCGCGCCGUGUGUUACAAACGUGACCAGCACUGGACCAGGUGUUGCUUCAUCCAAACUUGACAGAGGUCCGUUUAAAAACAUCAAAACUCGAACCGCUUUGCGGAAUGCGCGGAGCCGUGAGCAUCCGGACAGCUUCACCAAAAGACAUGGCUCGGACUUCUCUGGAGACGAGGAUGGCGCAGUUCUGGCAGAUGAAGAAAAUCGAAAUGGGUUUUUUGUUAAGAUAUCUCCUCCAAAAAGAACUUUUCUCAGAUCUAAAACAUACGGACUGUGUCAUUUUAGCCAAGAAGACUCCGAGGACGCGAUCGGUUCUUCUAAACGGUCAGAGGAGCCACGUCCUGCUGCGUCAAAGGACGUAAAUAAGAGGAGGCAACACACACCUGGGGCCUCCAUUCAGCAAGAUAUGUUAUCAGGGAAAUUUCUGGAGAGUGUGCCUACGCCAGAAAAACAGUUAAUCCACUCUUGCAGGACUUCUAGCUGCUGCCAUAAUCCUUCCCUUGCCACGCCAGUCAUCCUGUAUGACGGAUCAGAAGAGGAGCUGAUGGAUGCUAUUGAAAAAGAGUUUAGCUGACAGUUCAGUGUAUUCAUGAGUCACGAAGCACAGUACCAGCCAUGUUUGAGCACAACAGAAACAUGAACAGAUGGCUCUGUUAGUGCUGACCCGGUGUGUUCGCCGACAGGCCUCCACGGCUUGUUGUUUGGGAAAGCAAGUUGAUAUGUCAUCCAUAUUAUUCCUGCCGGUCUCCCUCACAGUGUGCGUUUCUGUUACUUAUUACCAGAGGUGUGACCAAGUCACUGCUUUGCAAGUCACAAGUAAGUCACAAGUCUUUCCAGUCAAGUCUCGAGUCAAGUCCAAGAUAGCCAAGUCCAAGUCGUGUCUGAAGUCAAUAAUGUGGAAGUCCAAGUCAAGUCCUUAACUUUGCAUUUUCAAGUCAUAAUCAUGUCAUCUGUCCAACUUUAAUUUAAUGACAAUGAUAAUAAAUAAAUUCCAGAAUUAAAGCUUCUUAAAGCUUUAUUUAUUUGCUCAAACAAGCAGAAAGUGCAACUGAAAUCGAUUAUAAACAAAGUGCUGCUGCAUUUAGCAGAACAAGAUCACACCCAGAAUGAAGAAUGAUUUAUGAUUUUUGUCCAUGUCGUGCCACUUUUGUGUUAAAAUAUCAAGUCAUCAUCAAGUCAACAGAUGCAAGUCGAUUCAAGUCGCAAGUCAUUGGCGUUCAAGUCCGAGUCAAGUCGUAAGUCUUUAUAGAUUUAAUCAAGUCAAGUCAGAAGUCAUUAAAAUAAUUACUCUAAUCUGACUCGAGUCCAAGUCAUGUGACUCAAGUCCACACCUCUGCUUAUUACUUACAUCAUUAUAACUUGUCUGCUAAUAUUUGAAGACCAACUUAACUUUCAAUACAUUUGCAGUGUAGUACAAAUUAUUGCCUUGUGAGUGGGUUUCUAUGGGGAAAAAACCUCUGGCGCUACUGUUUCAGGAAGUAGAAGUUAGUCGAAAGAGAGAGGAGCGGAAAAAAGCCAGAUCUGGAGAUUUAUUUCCUGAUUUUCUGACAUCUCGCCACUGAUUGGUUAACAGCAAAGCGACUACCUCUGACUUGGUUCACUUUGCAACUUAGAUGUUUUAUCUACAAAAAUAACAAAAGCCUGAAGGAUGUCUGCCAUGUUGUUGAGUUGCUAAUGCUAACGGUUAGCUUCUUCUAGCUGAGACGUUCUCUCCCCCGGAUGCUAAAUCAAUAACAGCCUUCCUCGUUGCAAUACAAGAUGGGCGAAUUAACGUUAAUAAAGUUAUUAGUGUGCCGUAGAUCUGUGGGGCUUUUUCUGACCAGAGCAUUUCCCUGUGUUUUCUAUCGGCGGCUAAUCUAGCAAACAGGGAAAGAAGACUAUUUUCAGGUUUGAAAAAUAAAAAAGUUUCUCAGUGAACUUGCUCUUUAAACAAGAUUUCAGAGUUUUCUGGCUGCUUUAAACCUUCAGUUUGGGAUGGUACAGGAGCUCUUUUUGACCGUGCUAAAGAUAUCUCGAGAACCAGGAUUUAAAUGUAAAUGUUUAUUUAAGGUUUCCUUCCUGACCACACUUCCUGAACUCAUGAAGAAGGAAUGUAGCACCAGAGAAACGAGUCAUAUAGCGCCGCUGCAUUUCUGCUGACAAAAUUCAGCCAUUAUUAAAGACAAAAAUACAAACAUGGAUGUUUGUUUUGCACGUGUCCUUUAAAAAGUACAGUUCAAAGAUAAAAUGACAGCUUUUAACUUUUUUUGCUGGUUGUGGGUUAAACAAGUAAUAUUCUAAUAAUCAGCAUCACACAGAAAAACUUCCCAACAGCUUAUUUAAUUGCACCACUUAAAUGAAUGCCUGGUUACAGUUUUUGUUAGCAGACUUUACAAAAUAAAAUUUCUAUAUGUAAAACUAAAUAAAAACACCAUAAAUUAUUCCACAAUGUAUUUUUUCUUUUCUUUUUUACAAAUUAAAAUGGUCAAACUCUGGUAAGAAACAUAAAAUCUUGCACUCUUUUUGGCAUUUAAGAUGAUUCCUAACUAAUAUUCUGCUUCUUGGAAGGCCUGUAGAAAGAAAUCCUCUUCUGUAGAGCCUUGAGAAGUUUUGGAGGUAGAAGAGGAAGCUGAUUUCUCAGCUUCUCUGAGUUUCUCACAUUCUUUGCAAUGUAAUCCUCACAAAUCCU